GAGUCCCCCUUGGCGGCCGUUCUCCGUGCUCGUCGAGCGCUUGGCGGCCGAAGCGACGUCGGCUGCACCCAAGGGAGAUGUUCGGCGGAGCGGCGGCGGGCGAGGACGCGGGCGGCGCGGCGCAGGAGGGCAGCAGGAUGGCGUCUUUCCAGUCGGUGGAAAAUGAUAGUGAAGAAAAGUAUUUCCGGAAGUAUCAGGCUAUUUUGCGGAGGUGCAAGAGCAUACAGAAGGAAAAUGAGAUGUUGGUCAACCGAGUAUAUCAAGUGAAAAAGAUUGUAAGAAGAUUGAGGAGAGAGAGAAAGUUUCUUAUGGAGGAGUUGGAUAAACGCGGAGAUAAUUACAGAAGUUUGCCCUUGACCAUUGCAAUUGAUGAAGAGGAAAAGUCCUUUGCACUGCCUCAGACUUCAAGCUUGCCUGCUCUUGGGAGACCAAGAAGUAACAGCACAGUAUCUAGUGGGAAACGUCAGGUCAAACGUGAGAAAGUGGAACGCGACCCGAGUGCUCCUAAGAGGCCAAGCAGUGCAUUCCUACAGUUUUGUCAAGACCAGAGGGAGACAACUUCAGCACAGCACCUCCAGCAGACAGGAAGGCCUGUGGAUAAAAAGCAGUUGACAAAACUUCUUACUGCUAGAUGGAGUUCCCUUGGGGAAGAUGACAAGAAGGUUUACAUAGACAGGUUUGAGAGGGACAAAGAGCAAUAUUCAGAAGAGAGGCGCUUGUAUGAGAGUAGGAAGAUGGAAUAGCACUCUGCCCCUUUUUCUUCCUCCUCCUCCUCCUCCUCUUUUUUUUACAUUUGGUAAAUAGGGUAAAAAUAGAUUGUAAGUAUGGUUUCUUUGGUGAAUAUUUAUUUCCUAUAUACAUUCAUCUACAAACACAGCUUCGUCUACACAUUUUACAGUAAAUGGAAGUUGAGCUGAAUGAAACCUUUAAUAUAAUGAAUCAAGAUGAAAACUUGUUUGAAUUUUCCCCCAUAAAUAUAUAUAUAUGAUGUAUACAUUCCUAUUGUCCAACAUGAAAAUGAUAAUUAAAUGCUGAACACGCAAAGCUAAAAAGGCAUAGUACAAAAAAAGGAGAAAAAUAUCAGAAACAUUGAAAAAGGUGUAAUGGAAAUAUUUGUUUGUUUGUUUUUAAGUACCAGUGUCCUUUCCCCCCCUACUUUUUGUAAAAAUAUAUUGCACUUUUUAUCCAGCAUAUAAUGGAUAUUAUAAACAUGAAUAAAUAUUUGUCUUUA